GAGAUACAAUAGAGUCUUUCAUGAUGGAUCUUGAAUAUGAUGGUCUUUACAGGACAUGGCCCUUUAUGAAAACAAAAAUUGUAGUAGACAGACUAUCUGUUCCACUUUUAGGAUCUCUACACUGA